AUGGUUAAGUUAGAUAUCCCGCUAGAAUUUUGUACUCAAGCUGGAGAGAAGGGCGGAUAUGUUGCAAAAGGAUUUAGUGAUCUUCAUUUAUGUCCUUUCUUUAUCAAGGGUACCUGCAAAUUCGAAUUUCAGUGCAAAAGAUCUCACGAUUAUGGUGACGAACAUACAGUUGGUGUUCUAAAUCACUUCCGCCUCGGUUUCUUAACUAAGCAUCCUUCACAUUCCCUUUUACAGAGGAUUUUCAAAAUGAUCGUAGAUGAAAGUGAACUACAACGAGCUGCUGCCAAAAGAUCUGUUCCAGAGAUUUGUAAAUUCUAUAACAAAGCGACCUGUAAAAAAGGGGACAAUUGUCAUUGCUUGCACGUGUGUGAACGUUUCAUUGAUGGAGAUUGUAAGUUUGGCGAAGGCUGUAAAAGGGAGCAUGAUUUCUUUGACCCUCACAACAAAAAUGUGCUUGAAGAAUAUGACUUGGAUGGAAUCAGUGAGCUGAAAGUGCUUCAGCGAUUGAAAGGCAGGGAAAGAAAGCGUACAGUCAGUGGAAGCUCUGAUGUUGAAAAGCCUGAUAAAGUAUUUCCCAAAGCAGUAACUCCUGUUGUCCCAGUUCCCACUUCCAAAGCGAAGGAUGAAAAGGAAAAGGACACUGAAAUUUGUGGAUUUAAUCUGUGGGGCAGGUGUAACUAUGGCAACAACUGUAUCCAUCAUCACACAGAGCUACCUUACUUGUGGGAACUUUCUGUACAUGGCGAAAAGUGGGAAAGCUUUUCAAGUGAUCUAAAUACAAUGUUAGAGCAAACCUACUGUGAUGUUAAAAAAAGCAGCUACACAGUAAUGAUCAGAGGAAUUCUUCAUCGUGUUAAGUUUGAUAGUAUGACUGCUGAACCGGUUUUAUCAGAUGAUGGUAAGUAUCUCUUAUUUGAAAGUUACAAACAAUAUUAUAUUUGACAGCUGAGAUGUACUGCCAUAUAUGGGCUGUGUAGGAUGUAGUUUUCUUACGGUAGUUUAGUCUGGGAUAUAGUAGGGAUUUCCUUUCCUAAAGUACCCCACCCGGGGUGUGAAGAAUGUACAUAGUGUGAGAGGUUUGAACCCAGGAGUCAUUUCAUAAGUAGGUUGAGUUUGAUCGUCCGGGUGAACGUAGUCCUGAAUAGGACUGUUGUUGUUGACAGUGACUGACGUUUCGACAACCUGUGCGGUAGUCAUCUUCAGAGUCAGCGUGAGUUGUAUCACGUCAGUUGAUGGUAUUAUACUCUGGUUAUUGAUGUGAUUGGUCAAUUACGUCGCGAUGCUAUUGGUCGUCUGUCAGUUAAGCCGUGAUGUUAUUGGCUAUGAGUCUUACGAGAGAUUACGAGUCUUCAUAACAGGUUGUCGAAACGUCAGUCACUGUCAACAACAACAGUCCCAUUCAGGACUACGUUCACCCGGACGAUCAAACUCAACCUAGUUUUGAAAUGUACCUAGUGUUUUAUAGAUGGUUUUCAUAGUGAUGUCAUCAAAUUGUUAAGUCAAAAUAGGGAGGUUUUACAAAUUCUUAUUUACACUAGGUUGAAGAUAAACAAAAAUAAAUCUUUGCAUAUGUUUCCACUCCCGUAGCAUGUUUCAUUUCGAAAACACAGCAGUUUGAAGUUCCGAGUUUUUAAGGUGCGUGGCACCAAAAUAGGAAUGCUGUGUCGUUGAAAAAAAGUCUCUCCUCUUGAUUUUCAGCAGUAUAACCUUUUCAAGUACUGGAAGAUAUGUUUAUGUGCAUGUAUGCUAGUUCUCGAGUGAAAAGAAAGAGUUUUUAUAGAAAAAGUGAACUCGAGAUGUUUUUGUUGAUUUCCGGCGGCCAUAUUGGUGCACCAAAACGGAACACCAAUAUGGCGUCUCCAUAUAAAGCUCUACAAAAGUGCGUGAAACGUUUCGGCAAAUAACUCAGAAACUGUGGGCCGCAAAGACCUGAAACUUGGAAAAAUUGUUUGUAUAUUAGUCUUUUAUAACAUUUCAUUUUCGUGGCGUCUUCCACUGGACGGUUUCCAAUUUAUUUUUUUGUUGCGUGACAGUGAAAAGGAUCUAUAAAGACAAAAUCUGACAUGCAAACUGGGCUCAAAGAGUUCACAGGGAAGAGGGAUUUUUUAAAGUACAGUAUUAAACUAGUAUAGGUAGUAGCAGUAGCGGUAGAAGUAACUGGAUUCGAAAGCAGUAGUAACUAGUAGUGAAAAAAUAUGUUCCGGGGGGGCACUCCUGGGAAUUCUUGGUGGGGGUGUGCCGCCCGGUCCUCCAAAUCCUGACCCGAUUUCAGACCAAAAAAUGUAAUAUUUCACACCCGUUUUCAGAUCAGACCUCUAAAAUCCAUACCCGUUUUCAGACCUGGCCUUUAGGCAGAAAUUAUGUUAUCAUUACUUAGCCGUUAGAGCCCAAACAAAAAAUUAUUCGAAUCCAUUUUGAAUUCGCAUAUUUCCCUUUCUUGCUUACUCAUCUGGAAUUGAAACGAUAAAUACGUUCAUACACCCCGUAGUUCCUUCGAAAACCAUACCCGAUUCCGGACCAAAAUGGACAAAGUGUAUACCGUUUUCAGACCAAAACAGCGCAAAAACCCUACCUGAUGGGGCGGCACAUGCCUAUAUGGCUUAUAUAAGGAGUACCCCCCCCCGGAUUAUUUUUAGGCAGCUGCAACUUAAAAGUGAACGCUUAGAAGAGCUCUAAGGGAACAGAGUGUUGCCCCAUGAAAGGGAAUUCAGGACAUUCUUGAAUUCUGGGUUCAACGCUGUGGAUUUCGGAUUCCAGGUACUGGAUUGCAGUCUUUGUCAGUGGGACUUGGAUUCUGGGUCGAGUUGUUCAAAGCUGGGUUAAGAUAACCCAGUGUUAGUGCGUGAUCUGAAUUCAGAUUUGAAAGCUUAAAGAGCAUUUCCGUUUUAAUUCUUUUUGUCUACAAGUUGAUGAUUGGAAGCUCUAAAAAUAAAAGAGAAAAUUAUCCAAGAAAAUGCUUUUCAACGUAAGAAAGAGAAACCCGGGUUACAUUUAACCCCGGGUUAAGCGCUAAUUGGCCUUCGAACAACUGGGCCCCGGAUUCCAAAUCUUUAGAGGGAUUCCGGAUUCCAUGAGCUGUAUUCUGGAUUCCAAAUUCCAGGAUUCCAGAUUCCAUAAGCAAAAUUUUCCCGGAUUCCGGUUACCGGAUUCCCUUACAUGGGGCGAAGAGGGGUCGACAGAACAAAAAAUAGUGAAGAUGUGUUAUUCCUUGCUCUAAUCAGCUGUGAAUUACAAGUCUCCCAAGAUUCGACGACUGUCCACUGUAUCAUCUGUGGUUGCCGCAGCAGGCCACGUGUACAGCACUAGGUGGCAUUGGUACUGGCAAGAUAAAAAUAACAAGUGGCAGUCAUAUGACACUCCAACUGAUGGACAUGCUGUUAACACCACUAGUAGCCAAUGUCUUGAGAGGGAAUACAUGGCAGGUAAGAAAUCCCCCUUUCCUCUAAUUUAUUAUAAUCAGUUCCUUUCUCAUAUAUAUUUCAAACCUUUUGUCCUUUUUGGGGAUAAUUUCAGCAUGCCAUGCCAUAGAUAAUGGAUGAAUGUUUGUUUUCUGAUCCUACUCAAAUAUCCACAGCUGAGAUACAAUUAAAAAUGCAUACCUUACUAACAUUGUUUUCUUGUUGAAGUUCUGCACUUUUAUUUAGUUUAUUAUACAUUCAACUCACUAUCUUUUUUCUGAUUGGCCGAAAGCGUACAGUGAAUGUUUGAAAUCAGCGCCUUGGAUGUCAUCUUGCUGCAGAUUAUACAAUAAUCAUGUCAAGGACACUCAAGGUCACGGGUAAUGAUUUCAUGUAUGACCGAGGAGCAUGAUUUCUAAGGGUAAUCAUGUCAAGUUCGUGCGCUUUGUGUUGCUUGCCGUCAGUGAAGAAGCAAAAACAUGACUUCAAGGUUUGCUUCGUUGACGGCCGAGCAGACAUCGAAAACAUAGUUGAAGACUGGGACUCACAAAACACAAAAAGGUUGACGAAGGUGGCAAAGAAGCUGUUUGCUGAUUACGUGAAAGAGAAAAAAAACUGAGGGAACCUGUGGGAAAGAAAGAGUUGGCACAAACUUUGAAAACAUUUUAUGUCGAAGCGAGAAAGAAAGAAUUCGUUCAAUGUAUAAUAAAACAAUAACCCUUACCGAGACCUUGAUUAUUCUGGAUAUCAGAAAAACCUCAUCCAAUAAUUGUUUAUUGAAAGUGGCCCAUGGGGAGACACCUGGAAGGUCCAUCAUCCCCCUCUGAAAACAAACCAAAGACCACAGGACCAAAAAAAAGAUUCUUGUCCAGCCUUUUUCCCACUAGGCUUAGUCUCAGGAGAAUCCUGGGAGCAUUGGGACAACCACAGCUAGAAACUGAAGAGCCCGUCUCCACCAUCCCCAUUCUCAUGUCAAGGUCUAAAAUAAUAAGAGGGCCCCCAGUUACCUUUUAAAGUUCUGGAUCUGCAGUCACCUCUUAUCGGCAACUAAAAACAAUUUCUUUCUUUCUUUGUUUAUCUUUAAUGUAUGUCUUUCCUUCAGAAAUGGAAAGACCAAGAGAACAAUUUAAUUCGUUUCACCUUUUCUUCUUCGUAGAUAAGGAUUGUCAUUCCUUUAGUGCCUCUCAUCACCACUUCACUCUGCACUUCAAAGGAUGGUACCAACAAAAUGAUGUUCAUAAAACAAAAAGGCCUGUUAGAAGGAGGCCUGCUGACUUUGUGACCAAACAGAAUAUGAAAGAUAUUGCUCAGAGGUACUGUACAUUAAAGCUGAAAAACUAA